UGGACAUAAAGGGCUGCAGUGGAAAACAAGUCUUUGCAUUCAUCCUUCUUUGGUUUCUUCCCUUCCUUGCACACAGCCCCCCUGUGCUUUGCUUUCCCUGCUGUCAGUGGACAUAAACUAAUAUGGAAUGAGACAUUCAUGCAAAAGGCCUUUGGAAAUAUUCAUUGCUCAUCUCUUAACAAGAUUACCCCUGAAAUCCUCCAUUGCUCUGAGGGAGAUUUAAAACCGUUCAGGCUCUUGGUAACCAUAGCAGCACAGAUGUGAAAACUGAGGGGAGACAACUGAUGUGAAAAAUCAUUGGGAUGUACAGACAGGCUGCCUGCGACUGCAGCACCAAGGCAGGGGAGUUUCUUCCCUGCAACACAUUUCUUUGUCUACCACAGCCAGGGCUGGCUCUUCACCCUGGCCAGACCACGCAGGGCACAUCCACUCCGCAGAAACGGCUCAAACCGCAGACCAUGGUAGUGGUGUGACCCUGUGCUGGCUCCCACGGGCACCUGCCCCACCGCAAUUUGGGAAAACCUCCAUGGCUGGCAUUGCUGCUCAGCGUUUCCCAGCGCAUCCACCAGCUCGUGGCUCCUUCCCUGCAGGGAGCCGGCAAUAACCGCGAUGGGUUACAGCCACGACAGGGUGCUUGGUGCCCAGGGUCCCCGUUCCCUCCGGCCAUGGGUUCUUCCUUCACCUUGGGCACCAUUUCCUCACCUGUAAGAGGCACUAGAUGUUGUGAGGUUGAACAGAUUGAUGUUUUAAGGCCCUUUGGAACAAAAUAUUGGGAAAGUAAGCAGUGGUGAGGGCAUUGCACAGGGCCCUGGCACCUCCCGAGAGCUGGCUGAGGCCUGCAGAGCUUCGCCAUAGCCGACUGGGAGGAACCACAUGAAACCCUCUCCUCUCUUGAAAGCCCCUGUCACUAUGUCUAUCUAAGCACAAAGAAGCAUUAACCAAAAUUAUUUUCUUAUUUUAAAAAAAUGAGGUUUGGAUUUAAACGGCUUCCAAAAUUGGGGUGAGAUUACUUGUCAUGUCCUGCUUCCUCACCACCUUCGGUUCUUCAUUUCUACUGAUGUUGAUGUCACUGCUUCGUUCACAUGUCUGAACCCGGCAUCCUCUGUUCAUCCACCCCUUCUCCUGGGUUUUGGCCUGACGAGGUCCUAUGGCCAUGACAUCUUCUGCCUCCUCGGCUCCUAACUCCUGUGGCUCAGUCUUUGGCAUGGCCUUUGGGCUUUCCGCAUGGCACAGCAAGUCUCUCCAAAAAGAGCUUCAUGUCGGCGACUGAAGGUGCUUCACUAGAUGGUGCAAAACCCCACAGGGUGCCACGGUAUGGUGGGUACUUCUGGGCACCAGUCCCAGUUCUGUUACGGACCCAACCUUCCCCUUCUCCCAGGGUAGGCUGAGCCGAGGACAGGGCUCUGCUCACCCCGCUGCAGUCUCGUGGCUCUCCUGAUAAUAAGAUCAGAUAGGAAAAGCUGUUAACAUGGCUAAAAUGUAACAAUAAUUGGGGAAUUAAAAGGCAGGAAUAAUUCUUGUUGAAAAGGGCUUUUGAAAUCAACAGCAUGAAACGCUGAAACAGGUACUUUGCUAUGGAAAGCAAAUCAACUGCAUUAAACCUACCAAAACUAGCAAAGCUAGAAAAAACCCCACACGCCUACAAAUUUAGGAAAAAAAACCCCCCUUAUUUUAACUUCUGAGCAAGUUCCCUUUGUAUUUGUACUUUGCAUAAAUCAGCUUCUGAAACAACUCUGGUGUGAAAUAGGGAAGGUGACUGCUGAGGAAACAAACCCAGACAGGGCAACCUGCACCUCUACGAGCAAACCCACUUCCAGAGGUGAUGCCCAUCCAGGUGGAGAUGGGGACCGACACACAUCCCGCCUCUCCACUCUACUGACCAACCAACUGUUCUGGGUCACGGUUCUGCUGAAGCUGGGUCACGGCCAGCAUUCCUACCCACAGCUGCUCGGCAUCUGCUCAUGGAGAUCGCGAUGCAUCAUUUUCAGGGAGAUAUUAUUUUCCCCUCAGGUUAAAUAUUUCAUAAAAUCACAGAAUAUCUGACAGCUGAAUGUGGAGGUUACGACACAGGGGUUUCACAGAGAUCUUAUUUUUCCCCUCAGGUCAAAUAUCUCAUAGUGUCACUUAAGAGUUGGGCACGUUUGCAACAACCCCUUCUGCAAACAAGUUGCCAGCCUCAGAUAAGCGCAUGAAACGCUGCGGGUGACACUGGCCAGCCCCUGUCACUUGCGGCCUUGAGCCACCCAACGGGUGGGGGACAGCCGCUGGGCUCCCCUGCUGCCAGCCAGCCCACGCCAAGAGCCACAUUAAUUUCCAGGGAGGACAAAAGGCAGGACAGCUCGCGCAGCGUGGCGGCUGGAUGCUGUGGCUCCCCCGCGCCACUGGCAGCAGCGAGUGAUGCAGGCAGCGAGCGAUGCGGGCAGCGAGCGAUGCAGGCAGCAAGCGAUGCAGGCAGCGAGUGAUGCAGGCGCAACGCGUAGGGCUGGGGUGGCUGCAGGGCUGAGCUGUGCGGAUUGGCCCGAGCACCCCGCUCCCCCCCCUCGCCCUCCCUCCUUCAGCAUCCUCAACCCAGGAGAUUGGACAGCCUGGUGCCACAUGGCAGAGAGGAACCAGGAUAAAAAAAUGAGCUGGACUUGGGGACUGUAGUGUCCGCAGCGGAACAGCUGGGAGAACUUGGCAGGGAGGUGGCACCAAACUUCCCUGGCUGCACCGAGCCGGGGCAGGGGAGCACGGGCAGACGGUGGGACGCCGGGUCUGCGGCCACCCAGGGGCACCUGUGGGGCGAGCGCCAGCUGCGGAGCAUCCCGUCCCCUCUGCGCCCAGCCAUGUCCCUGGUGGUGAAGGAGAAGAACCAUGUGCGGCUGGUCUUCUUGGGUGCUGCUGGUGUGGGGAAGACAGCCCUCAUCCGCCGCUUCCUGAUGGACACCUUUGAGUCCAAGCACCGGCGCACAGUGGAGGAGCUGCACAGCAAGGAGUACGAGGUGAGCGGGGCCACGGUCAAGGUGGAAAUUCUGGACACCAGUGGCAGCUACUCCUUCCCAGCCAUGAGGAAGCUCUCCAUCCAGAACAGCGAUGCCUUCGCCCUGGUCUAUGCUGUAGAUGAUGCCGAGUCCUUUGAGAGUGUCAAGAGCUUGCGGGAGGAGAUCCUGGAGCUGAAGGAAGACAAGUUCCCUCCCAUCGUGGUGGUCGGCAACAAGGCAGAGAGCGGCGGCGAGCGGCAGGUGCCAGUGGAGGAUGCCCUCUCGCUGGUGGAGCUGGACUGGAACAGCCGCUUCGUGGAGGCGUCGGCCAAGGACAACGAGAAUGUCCUGGAGGUCUUCAGGGAGCUGCUGCAGCAAGCCAACCUGCCCAGCCGGCUCAGCCCGGCUCUCUGCAAGAGGAGGGAGACGUUGCCCAAGGAGCAGGGGCUGAGGCCUCCCAUGAACAAGACCAACAGCUGCUCGGUGUGCUGAGCCGGCUGCCUGGGGCUGGGAGGAAGGCACCGGCAGCAGCGGCACCGGCUGGAAACUCAGGUGGGCUGGGUGGGGAGAGGUGCUGCCCCAGGCAAAACCAACCCUGCUGCCUCCCACCCCUUCCCUCCUCUUCCCCACCCAGCCUGCCCGGAACGGUGAGAGUUGGAGAUGCCAAGUAGGAGGGACUUGGAAGGGAUGCUGGCUGCGGGAAGGGCACGGGGAGGGGGUGAGCUCCCAAGGAGGCAGGAGGUGUAACUGGGAAACUGCUGUGGUCAGCCAGCACCUUGCAUCUGUGCCAUGGUGAGCCGGCAGGCAGGCAGGCAGCUCCUCACUUACUAGGAAAGGCGGAAAAACAACAGGUCUUUGGCUGCAUGCAUCAGAUGGCAGCUGGGAGCACCUGUGCAGCUGCAUCGCGCCCGCCAGUGCUGCUCCCCCAGGACUCGUUCGGGUCCUGUGUCACCUCGCCCCAAGCACUUGCACGUACAACCUCCUGGCGCGGCUACGGUUACAACGACAGAUCCAGCGUCCAAAGUGGUUUUGAUUUUGUACCUUGGCAUCAAGCAUGCGAUAGGGCAGUCUAUGCAGCAAUUUGGUUUUCUGUUUUCUCUAUUCUUUUUUUUUUAAUUUUAACCACACCCAAUAAACAUGUUGUUGCAAAGUG